GAGCUCUGAACGGAUAUUUCCGGGUUGACCGUUGUUUGACAGAUCAGGACGGACCGUCGCUUUCAGCACCUGUCGUUGAUGGCCCAGCUGUGUGUUGAGGUAGAAUGGGACAGAGCACAUCGGGCCCAGAGUCCGCAGAACCUCCACAGCUGGACAGAUUUGGAAACAUCAAGAGUUUAGUGGAGGAUCACCUGCAGACCAGCAUGGUGGUGGGAAUAAUAAUUGGCGCUGGAGUCGUCAUCGUCCUCAUCGCUGCCCUCAUAUUUUUUGUCAUGCGCAGGAUGCAGCUCCGCAAACUUGAGGCUCAGGAAGCCCCGAAGUAUCGUUUUCGUAAAAGAGACAAAGUCUUGUUUUAUGGGAGGAAGAUUAUGAGGAAGGUGUCUCAGUCCACCUCUUCGUUAGUGGGCUCCACUUCUUCCUCCAGGCCCCGCCUCAAAAAGAAACAGAAGAUGCUGAACAUUGCCAAAAAGAUCCUGCGUUUUAAGAAGGAAGUGCCCACUCUGCAGAUGAAGGAACCUCCUCCGUCAGUGCUGGAGGCAGAUCUCACAGAGUUUGACGUGGCCAAUUCUCACCUGCCAUCUGAGGUGCUCUACAUGCUGAAGAACGUGCGUGUGUUGGGUCACUUCGAGAAGCCGUUGUUUCUGGAGCUGUGUAAGCACAUGGUGUUUCUGCAGUUCCAGCAGGGCGAAUAUGUCUUCAGACCCGGUCAGCCUGAUAGCAGCAUAUAUGUGGUACAGGAUGGCAAGCUGGAGUUGUGUCUUACUGGACAGGAUGGAAAGGAUGGAGUGGUCAAAGAGGUUUACCCUGGAGACAGUGUUCACAGUCUGCUAAGCAUCCUUGAUGUCAUCACAGGUCACCAGAGACCUUAUAAAACUGUCUCAGCGAGAGCGGCAGAAGUGUCCACUGUCCUCAGACUGCCUGUCGAUGCCUUUCUGUCUAUCUUUGAGAAAUACCCAGAGAGCCUUGUGCGGGUGGUUCAGAUCAUCAUGGUCCGUCUUCAGAGAGUGACUGUUCUGGCCCUGCACAACUAUCUGGGGCUCACCAAUGAGCUCUUCAGCCAUGACAUGCAGGCUCGUCCCUCUCCUACCUCUCCUCAUGCAACACGCUCCAGUCCGGUACGACACAGCAAACGCUUUGGCAGUCUCACCGUUCCUGAUAAACAUCGUGAGGCCGCUGUUCAAAAUGCUUCUGGUGGGGAUCAUGGGAAGGAUGGUGGCACAACACCGACCCUCAGUAGGACCAUAUCCAUGCCUGUAGACAUCGCAGGAAUUCAGAAGAGUCUGCGUUCAGAUUUCGACAUGGCUUAUGAGAGAGGCCGGAUCUCUGUAUCUGCUGAGGAUGGAGAGGAAAAUCUGCUGAGGAAAGCUCCACCUGCUUUCACACGAGAGCAGCGGGAGAGGAAGGUGACAGUGGAUGAGGUUCCUUCAAGUGUGUAUUUGUAUCCUGAGGAGGAGUCAGGAAUGGAGAACAUUUUUAGUCCAUUUCAAGGACGACCUAAUGCUACACUGUUCGAGGAGGCCCAGAAAGAGAUUCUCAAACUCAUGAAGAUUGAGGACCCUGCGCUACUGAAUGGGAGGGUGACGUUUCAUCAUGCUAAAGCUGGAUCUGUGUUAGCCAGACAGGGAGACCAGGAUGUGAGUCUGCAUUUUGUCCUGUCUGGUUGUCUUCAUGUCUAUCAGAAGAUGAUUGACAAGCAGGAAGCAGUGUGUUUGUUUGUGACCCAGCUGGGUGAGAUGGUUGGACAACUGGCUGUACUCACAGGAGAGCCGCUCAUCUUCACCAUCAAAGCUGAGCGUGAUUGUACCUACCUCAAGAUCUCCAAAUCUAACUUCUAUGAGAUCAUGCGUGAGCAGCCAAGUGUAGUUCUCAGUGCAGCUCACACCGUGGCUAUCCGCAUGUCCCCGUUUGUACGGCAGAUGGAUUUUGCCAUUGACUGGAUGGCUGUUGAAGCCGGGCGGGCCCUGUACAGGCAAGAUGAUCAGUCCGACUGUACCUAUAUUGUGCUGAAUGGGCGACUGCGUUCUGUCAUCCAAAAAGUGAAUGGGAAGAAGGAGCUUGUUGGAGAGUAUGGCAGAGGAGAUCUCAUUGGAGUUGUGGAGGCUUUGACUCGGCAGCCUCGUGCCACCACAGUCCAUGCAGUCAGAGACACUGAGCUGGUGAAGCUUCCAGAAGGAACGCUCAACAACAUUAAGAGAAGAUACCCGCAGGUGGUGACACGCUUGAUCCAUCUGCUGGGGCAGAAGAUUCUGGGGAACCUCCAACAGCCCCGUGGACCUUUCUCAAGCUCCGCUCUGGGUCUGCCAAGUGUGGCGUCGAGUCCGGACGUCACUAACCCAGCUAGUAAUCUCUCCACUGUGGCCGUGCUUCCUGUUUGUGAUGAGGUGCCAAUCAGUGCCUUCAAUUUGGAGCUCAGCCAUGCCCUCAGUGCCAUAGGACCAACCCUGCUGCUAACCAGUGACAUCAUCAGAGAGAGACUUGGAGCUUCUGCUUUGGACAUUAUUCAUGAGUACAGGUUAUCAGGUUGGUUGGCUCAGCAGGAGGACAUUAAUCGUAUAGUGCUCUAUCAGACGGACAGCAGUAUGACCCCAUGGACUCAACGCUGUAUCCGACAAGCUGACUGUAUCCUCAUUGUGGGGCUUGGAGACCAGGAACCUGCACUUGGAGAGUUGGAGCAGAUGCUGGAGAACACAGCGGUACGGGCCCUGAAGCAGCUGGUUCUGCUGCAUCGUGAGGACGGGCCGGGUCCGUCGAGAACCGUUGAAUGGCUGAACAUGCGAAGCUGGUGCUCUGGACACCUUCACCUAAAGUGCCCUCGUAGAGUUUUCUCACGAAGAAGCCCCUCCAAACUGCGAGAGGUAUAUGAAAAGGUUUUCGAGAAGAUUGCAGACAGACACAGUGAUUUCUCACGGCUGGCCAGAGUACUCACAGGAAACAGCAUAGCCCUUGUGCUGGGUGGAGGCGGAGCCAGGGGCUGCUCUCAUGUUGGUGUAAUCAAAGCCAUGGAGGAAGCAGGAAUUCCCAUUGACAUAGUGGGAGGAACUUCCAUUGGCUCAUUCAUUGGUGCUCUGUAUGCAGAGGAGAGAAGUGCUGUUAGGGUCAAGCAGAGGGCGAGAGAGUGGUCCAAGGCAAUGAACUCCGUAUUCAAAACGGUACUGGAUCUUACUUAUCCAAUCACAUCCAUGUUUUCUGGCUCCGCCUUCAACACCAGCAUCUCCAAAGUCUUUGAGGACAAACAAAUCGAGGACUUGUGGCUGCCUUACUUUAACGUGACCACAGACAUCACAGCUUCUGCUAUGCGUGUUCAUAAAGAUGGCUCCCUGUGGCGCUAUGUCAGGGCGAGCAUGACCCUUUCCGGGUACCUGCCACCCCUCUGCGACCCUAAAGAUGGAAACCUGCUCAUGGAUGGAGGAUACAUCAACAACCUGCCAGCGGACAUAGCUCGUAAUAUGGGCACGAAAACGGUCAUCGCCAUCGAUGUGGGCAGCCAGGAUGAGACUGAUCUUUGUAACUACGGUGACAGUCUUUCUGGCUGGUGGCUGCUAUGGAAACGAAUCAACCCGUGGGCGGAGAAAGUGAAGGUGCCUGACAUGGCUGAAAUCCAGUCCCGUUUGGCCUACGUAUCUUGUGUACGACAGCUGGAACUUGUCAAGAAGAGCGCAUACUGCGAGUACAUUCGGCCACCCAUCGACCGCUUUAAGACCAUGGACUUUGGGAAAUUUGAUGAAAUCUAUGAUGUGGGCUAUCAACAUGGUAAACUAGUGUUUACUGAGUGGGCUCGUGGGGACAUUAUAGAAAAUGUGUUGAAAGACCAUCGCUCAGCGGACUACAACGACAGCAAGAAGACUGAUUCGUGCACAUGUCCUAGUGCAGACUUCACUGAUCUAGCUGAAAUUGUGUCCAGGAUCGAGCCGGUGCAGAGCUACUUAGGAGCUGAUGCAGAGGAGUCUGACUAUGCGACGGAGUAUGAGGAGGACGGGAUGGACAUAGUGAGAGAGGAGGAGUGUGAGGAAGAGGAAGAGGAGGAGACCGAAGACCCUGAGGACCAGUCUCCUGGAGAAUGGGGACCAAAUGGGAUCUUCACAUCAGAUGAAGAGAAGACCGUCCGUCAGAGGAAGAACAUCACCAGGGACCCCAACUUGGACUUCUCUGGAGUGUCAGAUUGCUGAAAAGGGAGUAAUGCAGGGUCAAAGGGCACUGGAAAGAGAAGCAAGAGUCCCACCAGGGACUGACGAGUAUAAAGACAAAUACAGAAGAAAAGACUUCUGAAUUAAUAAGAUUGUUGGAAAGUCACCAAAGAUACUGUGAUUUAGACCCUGCUAACACUACAUUACCCACCAAAACUGUGACUCUGUUAUGCCUUUGGGAAUUUUUUUUUUUUUUGGCUCAAGACUCCAAAGUCCAAAGACUGUGGGGGCCCACCAAGGCAGAG